CUCCAGAGCCUCUUCAAGCCAACACACACACACUGAGCGAUGACAUCACUAGCGUCCACUGACUGAGUCAGAGUGACAUCACAGACAUGCAGCCAAUAGGAGGCCAGCCUCUUACCUCUUGGCCUCCUCCAGGUGACACAGGUACUCGUAGGCCAUGUUCUGCUGCCGCUGCUCGUCCAUCUCCUCGGCCGUGAGACGCUCCACAUGGUCCAGGACAGCUGGAGACAAACCAGAGACACUUUGACUGAACCGUCCAAUCAAGAGGACGAGAGAAACUCUGCAUCUUCAUCAAGGUGUGGAGCUGGUUCCAGUUUCAAACUCUCACAGCAGCAGAAGAACAAACUGGGACCGAGUGUUGCUGCUGCACUCAUCCAUCUCCUUCUUGUGAGUGGUGCAGUGUUUGUUGGGCGGGGCUCUCCAGCUCCAUAUAAGCAGGAGCAGGUCUGUGGGUGGAGGGAGAAUCUCCUGUGGCCCUGCUGAGACCUUCUGCUCCUCCAGCUCCUCCUGCACCUCCUCCUCCUCCUCCUCCAUGGACCGCUCCGGGACGCUCCGCUGGCUGCUCCUCUUCUUCUUCUUCAGCCUCAUGUGUCGCGGUGAAGCUUCUCAGGAAGUGUCGGCGGAGGAUCUGGAGAAACCUCAAGCAGCUGCAGACAGAGACCUGGUGGAAGCUCUGGAGAUGCUGCUGGGCAGGAUGCACGCUCGACUCUCCUCCACAGAGAAACGAGGGAUCAUCCCUCUGUGCGGGAUGGGGGACCGGUGUGCGAUGAGGUUUGGGCCUCGCAUCGGGAAACUGUGCGACUGUGGCCGAGGAGCGAACUGUAACUCCUUCCUGCUCAAGUGCAUCUGAAGCUCGUCUCUGAACCUUCCACACGCCGGCUGCAGGAGGCCCGGAGGCUCCUCAGGUCCCUGAUGAGGAUGCAUGUACAUGUUUCAUGUUUAAUAAACAGAUUGUCAACACAACUAUUUGUUCUUUUAUUAACUCCCAGUUUACUCACAGUUAAUCAGGGUUAUGUUUUAGAU